GCUGUGUUAUAGUAAACUUGUUGAUGUUGAGUUGGCAUUUUGGCUUCAACGUGAGUUUGUCUUGUACACGGCUUCCUUUUACAAACUGUGGGACACUAGCAAGUAUUCCUAAAUUUAACCUUACUAAAACCUAUUUAAUAACAUUAUUUAGGGUUUACGGUCGCCACGAAGCAGUGAAGCAACGAUACAAAGACAGGGGGAGGUCUGAUCAGGCAUCACUCAGCGUCGGUGUUUUUUUUUUUAACCUUUUUUUUUUGUAAGGUUUUAUGAGUGCUGCAAAAUAGAUGUCAUGACACUGAGAAGAGUGAACGUGGUUAUCCUUAUACUGCUGGCUGUGGCCUUCCUAAUUAUAGUUCAGCGAAACCUCCUCAACCUCAGUGACUUCUUACACAAAGAAAGCCCAGAUGCUGGGAUGGUCCUUCCCUUUGAGGCUGAGCUGUCUCUAGAUCAAGUCCAAGACAUGGAGAGGAAAGGAGAGGAGAUCCCUGUUCUCAUCACCGCUACAGAGGACAGACUUGGAGCAGUGAUUGCUGCCAUGAACAGCGUGUACCAGAACAGUAAAGCCAACGUGGUUUUCACUAUUGUGACCAUGAACGACACCACGGAUCAUCUAAGGAUGUGGCUGAGCCAGACAAAGUUGAAAAAUGUCAAACAUAAAGUCAUUAUUUUUAACCAAGAGCUUCUCAGUGGGAAGAUUCCAAAAGAUCUUAAGACAACAGAGACUUCAAAACCAUUGGCGUUUGCCAGGUUUUAUUUGCCUUUAUUUAUACCUGAGGCAGAGAAAGCGAUCUACCUGGAUGAUGACAUCAUUGUGCAAGGAGACAUUCAAGAACUUUUUGAAGCUAACCUCAAACCUGGACAUGCUGCUGCCUUCUCUGAAGACUGUGACUCGGCAUCUUCUAAGGGUAUAGUUCGAGGAGCUGGAAACCAGAACAACUAUAUAGGUUUCCUGGACUUUAAGAAGGAAUCGAUUAAGAAGCUUGGGAUGAGGGCCAAUACGUGUUCCUUCAACCCAGGAGUCAUUAUUGCAAACCUGACGGAGUGGAGGAACCAAAACAUCACCCAACAGCUGGAGCACUGGAUGGAGCGCAACACCCAAGAAGAUCUGUACAGUAAAACUCUUGCAGAGAGCGUCACCACUCCUCCGCUUCUUAUUGUCUUCUACAAACGUCACUCCUCCAUUGACCCACUGUGGCACGUGAGACACCUCGGCACCACUGGAGCUGGAAAUCGCUAUUCCCCCCAGUUUGUGAAAGCUGCCAAACUCCUGCAUUGGAACGGACAUUAUAAGCCCUGGGGGAGAGCGUCCUCUUUUUCUGAUGUAUGGGACAAGUGGUUCAUUCCUGACCCGACAGGAAAGUUUCAUCCAGUGCGACGACACUCAGAUUAAAUAAUGGGUUUCAGGAACCUUUGAACCAGCUCAGUCUCAGGAACUAUAGCCUUUUUUUUUUUUUGCUAAUAAUCUGGUUUUUAUCCUCUGGAUGGUUUGUUUCCAAGCAUUUUUAGUCAUUUGUUUUAUGUGACUUACAUUUCUUAAUUUUUUUUUUGAUAAACCACUGAAUGGAGUUUUUUAUAUGUUCAUGGAAAGUUGUGCAUUAGGUAUCUUACUUUUUUAUGCCGCCCACUAAUUGUUACAUCAUCAUUCCCUGUAGCUCCAACAGGUCAGCCAUUUCCUAACGAGUACACUACAUUUUAUUAUUUUCUCUGUGCCUCAAAACAAGGUCUCAAGAAGGCAGUGACAUAUAAACAAACCUCUGCUUCAGGGUGAACCAGGAAGUGUCCUCAUGGAGGUAUUUUUAUAUUUUAGAAGAGAAAAAUGAUCUUUGAUCAUAAUCUGUAUUAAUGUGUCAUGAACUCUGUAGUUUCAAUGUUAAAUUGUCUUUAGUUCAACUAAUAGUGUCCUGUUGGAUUUCUGUUAAUGCUGCCCAUUUAUACCCGUUCUUGUUCUUUGCUUGGUCAAAUGUUUGUUACACAAAUCUUUGUUCCUUUAAGUUGACCUACCCUAAUUUUCAUUUGUUGUAAAUGAUCACUAAGCCUCUUCUGUUGAACUGUGGAUUUUAUAGCAUGCUUCUAACCAAAUUUUACCUCUUCAGAAAUUGCACAGAUGUCUUUAAGAGAUUUUAUACAA